GCUUUUGAUAGGAUUGGUGUGCGUCCCCGACGUGGUGGGCCUUAUUCUUCUCCCUCCCCAAAUCCUUCCCACGAUCUCCUCCUCUGAACCACUUCCUGCCUCUCUGGUUAAUCUCCACAUCCACCGGCCUCCCUCUAAGAGCUGCUUCGUGGACGAGAUCCUGCGUGAGGAGGCCGUGGACGAAGCAGCCACACGGAGGAGUAGGAGUAGGCUUGGAGUUGCGCCAGCGAUUGAGGCGACUAGGGUUGCCCCGGGAGUUCUGCAUAGGGGCAGAAUGGUGUCGCGGCGGGUGGGGAAUCAAUGGAAGAGACCGAUUGGGUGCAGUGUCCGUGGGCAGCAGUGUGUGAGGAGUUCAGAACUGGCAGGAAUCGUCGCGAUGACCGCGGUGUCGGUGGCUAUUCGGCGGAGGAGGCAGCCGUUGUGCCAUGUCGGCGAGAAGCAUGCAGCAGCGGACCCGGCGAGGAUGGAGACAGCGGCGAAACCAGCGACUGCGCGUGCGAUAGUGCAGGCCGCCAUGUACGGCAGCGGCCGCGGAAGGGAGAGAUUGGAUAGCAAGAUCCCCGUCAAGAUACAGUCCGAAAUCUUCAGCACAGUAUCUGUCUCGAGAGGCAUGCGACAUAGGAUGUAUAUGGCGUGAUCACAAACCAGAUUGCUACAGACUCCCAGUGGUAAAUAUAAUCACUUCACUGUAUUAUUAGCUCCAGAUUAAUUACUUCAACAGAAGAAAAUCUCAGAUUAGUACUUACAGCCACCUUCCUUGAUUUAAAUGGGAAUUUGAAUUGUUAUCACAAGAUUGGUUUUUGGAAUGGAACAAAUGAAUCGUAGACCAGAAUGUGAUAGAA